AAUAUUUCUUUUUCCAACAUUUACAAGUCCUAGAGGUGAUGUUUGUUCACCCGCUCUUCAAACUCCGCUCAAUGACUCAUCGUUUUCAAAUCUACCAUUCUCUCAUACUGUCUGUUCCUUAAAUUUAAUAUUACCUUCUCUUUACAUUUUCUUAAACUAAAACCAAAACCCAGAAAAUUAAACCAAUAAACAGAAAUGAAAUGCUUCUAUUUUACAAAGGACGAAGAAGAAGGGGCAACAUUAAGUUCAAGGGAAUCAAAAGUUUCAUGGGUUCGUUCAUUAAGCGUCGCAUCGAGCAGUGCAACCGUUGAUACGCGGAGGUCACGGUCCGAGUUGGACUCGGAGUCGAGGGAUUAUACUGACUCGUUCGAGUUUUACGAGUUUUUGACUCAGCGACGAGCUAAUGAUCUGCGAGUUUUUGGGUUUUAUGAGCUGAAAUUAGCGACGAAAGGUUUCAGCAGAAGUUUAAUGAUCGGAGAAGGAGGUUUUGGGUGUGUGUAUAGAGGAGUUGUUGGUGAAUUGGAAGUUGCUGUUAAACGAUUGAAUCGCCAUGGAUUCCAGGGGCAUAAGGAGUGGAUUAAUGAAGUAAACUUUUUAGGUGUAGUGAAGCACCCAAAUCUAGUGAAGUUAAUCGGCUAUUGUGCUGAGGAUGAUGAAAGAGGGAUGCAACGUCUUUUAGUUUAUGAACUCAUGCGUAACAAAAGCUUGGAGGACCAUCUAUUGUCCCGAUCAUCAGCUCCUCUCGCCUGGACUUUGAGAUUAAAAAUUGCCCAAGAUGCAGCUCGUGGAUUAGCAUAUCUGCAUGAAGAAAUGGAUUUUCAGUUGAUAUUUCGAGACUUCAAGCCAUCAAAUAUUCUUCUGGAUGAAGACUUUAAUGCAAAGCUUUCAGAUUUUGGACUGGCUCGGCAAGGUCCAGCUGCAGGACUAAGCCAUGUGUCAACAUCAGUCGUUGGUACAGUAGGCUAUGCGGCCCCCGAAUAUGUCCAGACUGGAAGACUCACUGCUAAAAGUGAUGUUUGGAGCUUUGGAGUUGUUCUCUAUGAACUUAUCACAGGAAGGAGAGUGUUGGAACGAAACCUUCCUCGAGCUGAGCAAAAACUACUGGAAUGGGUGAGACCCUAUGUUUCAGACUCAAAGAAAUUUCAUUUUAUUAUUGACCCUCGGCUUGAAGGCCAUGAUUGUGUCAAGUCAGCUCAGAGACUCGCAUUACUGGCCAACAAAUGCCUCGCAAAGAAUCCAAGAUCUCGCCCUAAAAUGAGUGAGGUCGUUGAUACACUCGGGAAUAUCAUAGCUGAUGCAGCAGCUCAAGGUGAAUCAGUGCCUGAGACUGCAAAAGAAGCAGUAGUUGAAAACGAAGAAGCUGCAGAAGUAGGUGUCGACACAAAGGAAGAAGGAAGAGAGGAAGUUGAAUCAGGAAAACCGGAAAGCAAUAAUCAAAAGUGGAGUUUCGAUUUCAAAGAAAUGGUCAGCUUUAGGAACAAAUCUAUUGGUAAGUUAGAUUGGAGGAAUUGGACAGCAGGUUUAGUCAAAACAUCAUAACAUACUGCCCCUCGUGUUCUGCAGACCCUGGCUGAUGGAGCAUUUUUGUUUUUUAGAAUGGAGAUAUCGGCACAUUAUCAAAAAAAAAAAAAAAAAGAAAGAAAGAGAAUGGAGAUAUCAGCAACUUUGCUACAUAUUUUCUGCAAAGAGGUGUAAAUUUAGUAGGAGCGUCUCCAGGUCCAUUUUCCUAAUCUUGUAUUUGGCCUAGGAAGGGUUAGUUCACAAUUGGAAUGCAUUUCCACUUGUAGUUUGUAUAGGGAACAAUCCUUUUCUCUUUUAAGUGUAAUCCUUCACAGAGACAACUAUUUGGAUCAGCACAUCCAGUCUCACUACAAUGGUUGAGAGCUACUUAGAGGGCAAUAUGUUCUAUGAACUUAGUUUGCUAUAUUGUAUUCAACCCUUAAAUUAAUGAAAGAGGCUCCUUUCUCUUUUUC